CACCGCGCGGCCGCAUUGUCUGCGAGCGGACAAAGAACCGCACGGACCGUGCGUUACUGUCGCUAACCGAGCGCCGGCGACGCGCAGGUGAGCGGCCAGGUGCCAUGACAACCGACGUUAUAUGCCCCGAAAUGAGGCCGUCGUUCCCGCAGCGUUUGCGCCGAUGCGUCCGGUGAACUUCUUCAUGUUCUGGAUCCCAAAUCCGACCCUCCGCAGGGAUAACGACGUUAGCUGCGCUGACGCCCGCUCGCACGCAGCUGGCAGCGGGUAAACAAAGCUGGAAAUCCUUUGUUUCGCCGCCUGAUUUUUGCCCGUUUGUUCUUUUCUUCUCCGACGGAUUUUACUUUUCUAUCUGGCGCCUGACGUUAGCUCCGCUAGCCGACGCCGUUAGCCUCGACAUCAGAAGAGGCUUUUUUCCCCCCUUAGCUAACGUUAAUCUGCUUGUCUGUUUUUACUGGCUGGAUGAGAUGUCAUUCACCAUGGAGGACAACUUGGAGUCCGGCUGGGUGUCCGUCCGACCCAGGGUCUUCGACGAAAAAGAGAGGCACAAAUUUGCUUUCAUCGUGGCCUGGAACGACAUCGAGGGGAAGUUCGCCAUAACCUGCCACAACAGAACCGUGCAGAGACGGGCCACUUUUCUGGACCCGCUCCUCGACUGUAGCCCCUCCGCCGCUGCGCCUCCUGCUCCCGGUGCCUCCGUGGCAGAGAAACACACCAGGAGUCCCGGCACGACGAGGAGAGAUGGAGUCUCCCAAGCGGGUAAAGUUAGACCACACUCCGUCCCCAAGGGAAAGCCCACAACAAAGACUGUUGUCGGGGACAAGAAGGGUUUAAAAGCCGGGGGUUCACAGACGUUAGAGUGCGUCAGCCACGCUUUAGGGUCCUGGGAUAUUGUGACACCCAAGGUGAUAGACAUCGAGAUCCUGGACCCCGUAGAUGUCCCGCUGUCUCCGGAUGAUCCAGACACAGGUGACCGUGAGACCAGCGGGCGUGAGGACUUCAGCUGGGCCGGGCUGUUCUCCUUCCAGGACCUGAGGGCAGCCCACCUCCAGCUGUGCGCCGUCAACUCGGACCUGGAGCCGUGUUUACCGUCUUUCCCGGAGGAGCAGUCCGGAGUGUGGACGGUGCUUUUCGGUGUCCCCGGGGUGUCGCAGCGUGAGACGGAGGCCCUGUGCUACCAGCUGCAGGUGUACCUGGGUCAUGCCCUGGACACCUGCGGCUGGAAGAUCCUCUCGCAGGUGCUUUUCUCCGAGAGCGACGACACGGAGGAGUACUACGAGAGCCUGAGUGAGCUGAGGCAGAAAGGCUACGAGGAUGCGCUGGAGAGGGCCAAGAAACGCAUGCAAGAGGUGUUGGACAAGCACAAAGCCAUGGACAGCAUGGUGGAGCUGCUGCAGGUGUACCCUGAGGAGGACGAGGCGUAUGGAGAGCUGCUGGAGGCUACGACUCAGCUAUACCACUACCUGCUUCAGCCUUUCAGGGACAUGAGGGAACUGGCAAUGUUGCGCAGACAGCAGAUUAAGAUCUCCCUGGAGACGGAGCGCCUGGGUCCUCGUCGUGUGGAGAGCCUGAGGAAGGAGGAUGAGGAGUGGCAGAAGAAGGCUCACUCCGCCGUGCUCUCCAUACAGGACCUGACCGUCAAGUUCUUUGAAACCACGACUCGAGCCCAGAAAGCUCUGUAUGAGCGUAUGCGCGCUGACCAGAGGAAGUUUGGCAAGUCGGCGUGGGCGGCAGCGGUCGAACGCAUGGAGCGGCUGCAGUACGCUGUCUCCAGAGAAACUCUGCAGCUGAUGAGGGCCAAAGAAAUCUGCCUGGAACAGAAGAAACAUGGCCUGAAGGAGGAGAUGCAGAGUCUGCAAGGCGGGGAGGAUGCCAUGCUGCGCCUGGACCAGCUGGAGGCGCUGUACUACGAGCUGCAGCUGCAGCUGUAUGACAUCCAGGCCGAGGUGCUUCGCUGCGAGGAGCUGCUGCUCACUGCUCAGCUGCAGAGCCUGCGCAGGCAGAUGACAGAUCGACAGGAUGAGGUGGUUUACUACGAUGCCUUUGAGAGCCCUGAUGCCAUGAAGGGCGUAGAGGACCCUGCCACGCCGCCGUCCCCCCUCAGAGAUGAAGAACUCAGCGUCCUGCAGCAGAGGACGCGGCAGCUCGAGGCUCGCCGCGGUCGCAUCACUGCCAAGAAAGUCUACCUCAAAAACAAGAAGGAAAUCUGUGUUGUCAAUCACAACCAGAAGAUGCAGCAGCGCCAGGGCAGCCUUGGUGACAUCAACUCUCCUCAGUCGCUGCAGCAGGGAGGAGAAGCUGAAGACGACGACGAAGCCAAACAAAGUGCCAGAGUGAGUCAGGAGAGACAGACGACUCUGGACAGACUUCGCAGCCUCAAACAGCGUUAUCCAGGUCAGGUGACUCUGAAGUCCAGCCGGCUGCGUCUGAGUCAGGCUCACGGUCGGAGGAGAGCAGGACAGCAGCCGAACACCCAGGCGGCCAGCGUUCAGACCGACUGCAUCUCAGACCUCCCACAGCUCUCUGCUCCGCCCCCGCCUGACGCCUGCAGCUGUGACAGCGUUUCCUUACCAACAGUUGAACUUGAAAACCUCGACUCUUCGCCUCCCUUCCUCUCCCUGCCUCCCCUCCCUGCUUCCCCAUCUGUUCUCUCACUGGGUCCUCCGCCUCCUCCCCCGCCUCCCCCACCUCCUCCUCCUCCUCCACCACCGCCGCCGCCUCCUCUCUCAGAGGACCGGCAGCAGGGUGAAGACACGAGGAAGAAUCCCACAGACAGCCCGGCGCGGCAACAUAACUGUGAGUCCGAAUCCGCCUCGCUUCCCCUGGCUCCGUUUUCCCCUCGGUUCUUUGACAGCAGCCAGCUGCUGACGGCGAGGAAGAAGCUGAGGAAGACGGCCUCGCUGGACUCGUCUCAGUGGAGGAGAGCGAGCUCCCCCAUGGACGAGGUGCUGGCUUCUCUCAAACGGGGCAGUUUCCACCUGAGGAAGGCCGAGCUGCGAGUCCUGGCCCCCGACCCGGACGACGACAGCAACAACAUCCUGGCUCAGAUCAGGCAGGGCGUCAGGCUGAGGAAAGUACGGACCCGGCCGGAGCAGCAGCGUCACGCCAAGAGCUUCCCCCACUCGGCCGACGCUCUGACGCGCAGCAUCCACGAGGCUCUGAGGAGAAUCAAAGAGGCCUCGCCGGAGUCUGAGUCUGAGGACGAAGGCCUCCCAUGCACUGACUGGGAAAACUAGUUUAGCCUAUCUGAAGGUGUUUUUUUUUUUUUUUUUUUUUUUAACAUCAUCUUUUAUGGAUAUGAGGAGCCACAAUGAAGAGAAACGAUGGCUCCAGUCAAGGUGACAAGCCAGGGCUGAAUCACCUGGAGACACCUGGGUGCAAUUUGAACAAAAACCUUGAUUAUUUUAUUUUAUUUUUUUCAUUUCAGAAAAUGGUUCCGAUUUUUUUCAUACUUCUGCAUGUUGUUUGUAAAGACGGACCACUAAUCUUUUUUUUUUUAUGUCGCUGCUGUGGCAUUCUGGGCGAGGAUACAACCUCUAACCUCUCAUCGAAUCGGUCUACAUGUCGGAGUCGUACUGUACCGUAGCUUUCUGUGGUGGGUUUGUUUUUAGAAGUGAGUGCUUUGUUUUUACGUUUCUCUCACUUUCUGUGACACAGUUAACAUUCAGACUCUCCACUGAAUGUGUUUACCGUACGGUUUUACAUUUCAUACUGUAAAUGUCAGAACAUAAACACGAGUGCAGGAAAGGACAGUUCCCUCUUACUUAAAAGGAAUAAUUUGACAUUGUAGGAAAUACAGCUACUGACUGUGGCUUCAUGUUUCGCAUAUAGAAGUGAGAGCAUUUCCCAAAAUGUUGAACUGUUCCUUUAAUUGGCUACAAACUGAGGGUGGAGCUGAAAGUUGCACAGCUUGGUCUUUGGGCCAUUUUGAUCAGUGGGGAAAAAAAAGCCAAAACCAGCAUUGAUUGUGUAUUUGGAGAAUCAGCCAUGACUGUUUUAGCAUUUUCACUUUUCAAAUGAUAAAUAGAUUCAUAUAGAAACAGAUAUUUAUAAAGUAAAAUAUGAUCAAAGAAGAGGAAGUGGUUUUGGAGGAAGGAUAUCAAACCUAAUUUGAAUCUCCAUCAUCUGGUUCAUAAGUUUUCAGACUGUGAGGCCUCCGCAGACACAGCUUCUGGAGAAAAUUAAGGUACUUUAAAUCCUUCUUAGAGACAAAACUCUAACAUGAAAUAACACAGACAUGAGACACGUGUUCAAAGAUUCUGUGUGACCUUCAGUUCACAACUAUAUCAUUAUCUCCAAUAUCCACUGCAAACAAACGUCCAUAAAUCUGCUUAGAGAUCAGAGGAAAAAAAGACGCCUUAUAACAGAACCUGCCUGAGAAUUGUCACGUUUUUAAGUUUACUUCAGUGUCAGAGUUUUUCAGUGACAGUCAUCUGUACGUCCACAGGUGCACUGCGAAGUGGAACCGAUAAAAGCUAAUUCAGCAUACUUUAAAAGGUGCUACUUUUAACAAAAUGUAAACAAACAUAGGCCAAAAAAAAAAUCAAAACAAAAAACAACUGGGCUCAAGUUGUAGCUCACAGAUAACUAACUGAACCUGUGGCAACAUGAAGUGCUUACCUGCACAGGAUCAGACUGAAGAGGCUCAGUCCGGCCUCAGUCAGUGAAUUAGCUCCUUCAGCUGUUUGAUUUCUGAGGUGGCUUCACUGUCAGCAGGAUGUGAAAGAGGCUGGAAGCUCUGGUUUAAAUGUGUGAGACGCAGCCUAAAGCCACAGCUCACAGAAGCUGUAGUUUUUCAGAUUGUUAUUCAUAACAAACAUUACCUGUGCGUCUUCUACUUUUUUCCUCUUAACACCAGGUCAGUAUUUUGACAAAAUAAAUAUAUAUAAAAAACAUUUAUAUUUCAGAGCCUGUUGAAAUAUAAAUGAUUACUUGAAUCUAACUUUGGUCGUUUUCGCUGAUCGACUGUUUUUACUGUCUGAAUUGGGGAAAAUGGCCGGAUGGAUUUACAGUAAUGUUUUAUAACGUGGAUGGGAGUCCCUCUGACGAGUAACGAGCUCCACGGUGUCAUCCUCUGUUAACUUACUCUUCACAUGACACCAAGGAGACUAAGAAAUCUGGCAGUGAUGGUGAACACUGGCUGAAACUGAUCAUAAAAAUCGAUUUUAGUGGAGCUCUGAUGUUUAAAUACUGGUUGAAUCGAUCGAUCGACAGAGGAGUGAUCUACAGUUAUUUCAAUAAUCGAUUAUUUUCUGGUUGCAGCUUCUCAAACGUGACGAUUUGCUGCUUUUUUUCUGUUUUAUAUUAUUUUAAACUGAAUUUAUUUGUUGUUUUGGACUUUUGGGGAAAUGUUUAAGAAAGUUCCUCUCUCUUUUAAAAAAAAAAAAAAAAGCUUUAAACACUCGUAUGUAACAGACUCCAGAUGUGGAGCAGUUUGGACACGUGA